AUGGACAUCAAGUUUUGCAAGACCAACCUUCUCAUUGAGCACAAGGAGUUGGAUGGGAGAUUCCAAUUCAAGUUCACACAUCCAUUGGCUGGACCCUCCAAGCUUCUCCUGCCCAACCCAGAGCUCACCACAGUUAGGGGUGAGAACAUUGACUUCAGACCCCCUGUGAAUGCGGAUUUGGGUGAGCCUGAGUGCUAUUACUUUGAGGAGUAUGAGGCUCCAAGGAUGAACCCCUCUGUUGUGGCUGCCCACAAGAGGAUUGGACUUCUCCAAAAGUUCAACAAAUGGCAAGGGAAAGCCAUUGGAAAGAUGCAAAAGUCCAUGGACAAGAUGGUGAGCAAGAUCAAAAGUUUGGAGAAGAAGGUUUCUGGUUCUUCAAGCAAGAAGAAGAAGUCCAAGGCCCCCACAUUCCCUAGGAGUAGAUCACUCCUCACCACUCCAAGGAGGCUCCCUGCCCAAGAGCCUCACAGAGCCUCUUCUUUCGAGCCAAGGGAAGGAGAAGACAACACGCAGAGAAGGAGGAAGACUUCCAAGGCCAGACGCUCCAGCUCGACCACCGGACUCGAUCGAGUCCAAACAGAGGAAACUCAACUCGAUCGAGCUGACGGUCGAGUUGACCUGGAGGAGCCCCAGUUCGAGGAUCCGGGAUUUGAGUACGAUCCCAGCCUUACCAGGAGCCUCCCCGGAGUAGAUGGAACCCCUAUGGACAGUUCGAGCUACCAAUGCUCCACCAAGGCCAAGGAGCCACACACUUUGAGAUGA